UGCUCUGAGAUAAUGAACAAAAUGAAGAACUUUAAGCGACGUUUCUCACUGUCAGUACCAAGAACGGAGACCAUUGAAGAGACUGAAUUCACCGAGCAAAUCAACCAACUGAACAUUCACCAUAAUGAACACCUGGCACCAGACCGGCUGGCAAUGCAGACCCUGCAACCUGAGCUCAGUUCCCUCUCUGUAGAGAAUGAUGGCCAUUCCCCCACUCAAUUCCACUGCCACAGCAAGUCGCCACAGCACCACCGCUUCUCUGUGGAGGAUGUCAGUAAGCGCAUGUCUUUGCCCAUGGACAUACAUCUCCCACCGGAGUUCCUGAAGAAGCUACAGAUGGACAGCACUGCACCCUCCAAACCCUUAAGCCGGAUGUCCAGACGAGCCUCAUUGUCUGACAUCGGCUUUGGUAAACUGGAGACAUAUGUUAAAUUAGGAAAGCUGGGGGAGGGCACUUAUGCUACAGUAUUCAAAGGACGCAGCAAGCUCACGGAGAACCUGGUGGCUCUGAAAGAGAUUCGGCUAGAGCAUGAGGAAGGGGCACCAUGCACAGCCAUUCGGGAAGUGUCUCUGUUAAAGAAUCUCAAGCAUGCGAACAUAGUAACUCUGCAUGACAUCAUCCACACUGACCGCUCACUCACCCUCGUCUUUGAGUACCUGGACAGUGACUUAAAACAGUACAUGGACAACUGUGGAAACCUUAUGAGCAUGCACAAUGUAAAGAUCUUUAUGUUUCAGCUGCUACGUGGCCUCUCCUACUGCCAUAAAAGGAAGAUUUUACAUCGAGAUCUCAAACCACAAAACCUUCUCAUCAAUGACAAAGGAGAGCUCAAGCUGGCUGACUUUGGCCUGGCCAGAGCUAAGUCAGUUCCCACAAAGACGUACUCCAAUGAGGUGGUGACACUGUGGUACCGUCCUCCAGAUGUGCUCCUGGGCUCCACUGAGUAUUCCACCCCCAUAGAUAUGUGGGGGGUUGGGUGCAUUCUGUUUGAGAUGGCAACAGGUCGGCCCAUGUUCCCAGGAUCAACAGUGAAAGAGGAGCUUCACUUUAUCUUUCGACUCAUGGGCACUCCCAAUGAGGUAAACUGGCCUGGGAUAACAGCCAAUGAGGAGUUCAGGUCUUACCUCUUCCCCCAGUACAGAACUCAGCCACUCAUCAACCAUGUACCUAGAUUAGACACCGAGGGAAUUGACCUUCUUUCAAGUCUACUUUUGUAUGAAACGAGAAAGAGGAUUUCAGCUGAGGCCUCACUAAAGCACCCAUAUUUCAAGAGCCUAGGAGAGCAGAUCCACAGCAUACCUGAUACAUCCUCUGUGUUUUCCCUCAGAGAAGUGCAGUUGCAGAAAGACCCUGGACACAGGGCCUCAGCAUUUCAACAAGGAGCUCGAGGCAGAAACCGGAGACAGAGCAUAUUCUAAUCCUUUUGAAGGUGAAAGGUGUCCUAAAGAAUAAGCAGGCUCCAUUUCAACAGAACCAUGCAUGUAAAGAAAUUAGCUCUUCAGCCAAGACUCCGGUCCAUAGUUUUGGAUCAUGCAGCAUGGAAGUCUUCUGUAACCCUUCAAAUAUGAGUGGGCAGUGAAAACUGCCUCUGCAUUACUCCAGUGAGAUGUCCAGAAGAAUGCAACAAAUAUGAGACAACCAAUAAUCAGUUUUUCGUAGCACCUUACGAGCCAAAAUAAUGAUGCAGAAAAACAAGUAGCCAAUCAGCAACAAUCAGUUACAGCAAUCUAGCUUCCAACUUGUGAGAAAGCUUGACUUCAUAACUUGUUAUAGGAAACUUUGGUGCAGGUCAAGUUAAAUUUUCAAGAGAAAUCAAACAUUUGUUAAGUUUUUGUGGGUGUGUUUUUUUGUGGUAAAUGAAGACAAGUUCGGGAAUAUGUAUUUUAUUUAAUGUUGUGAUUUUAUUUCCCUUCAAGUUUUGGUAUUUUAUAUGUCAUUUAUAUAUAGGACCAUAAAAUGAAGAAAAAAAGUUUUAUCAUAGGCCAGCAUGGUGGUGCAGUGGUUAGCAUUAUUGCCUCAUACCUCUUGGACCAGCAUUCAAGUCUCUGCCAGAGUUCCAUGUGUGUGGAGUUUGCAUGUUCUCCCUGUGCCAUCAUGCAUUUUCUUCUGGGUUUCCCCCUACAGUGCAAAAACAUGCUGAGAUUGAUUGAAGUUAUCAAAUUUCUUGUAGGUGUGAAUGGUAUAUGAUUGUGCCCUGUGAUGGGUUGGCAUCCCAUCUUUGGUUGUUCCCUGCCUUGUGCCUGUAGCCUCCACGAUAGGUUCCAGAUCCCCUGCAACCCUGCAUAGGACAAGCUGGAUAGAUGGAUGGAAGUUUUAUCACAAAAGUAAUUAAAAUGGGACUGUAAAAUACAUAUAUCCCAACUAAGCAAAUUCUAAUCUGUGAAGACACAAGGACAACUUGUGAUAUAUUGAUUUAGAUAUUUUCAUAUGUAGAUUAGUAAACAAAAAGGGUGUUCUACAAAUUAAUGUAUAAUGACUGUAUUUCCCCAUAUACAAGGCUGAUGACACCAUAACAGUAUUAUUAUUGAUAAAAUUAUGACUUCCAGCACUAUGUGUUUUGCACUUGAUAAAUGUAACAGUUCAGGGGAAAAAUAUGUGUUUGUGUGUGUGUGUGUGUUUGCUUGGAUAACAGCAUUAAAAUUUAAUAUAACCAAGGACAGAAUACACGUUAGUAUACCUCUUUAUAUUGUCACUGACAAUAUAAAAUAUGUCUGUAAUUUGUUGUAGUUAAAUGCAAUAUACCAUGUAAUGUUGUAUAAUGCAUUAUCUUGCACAACCAGUAAGCAUCUCUGCGACACUUUUCUUACAUAUUCAUUGGAGAUUAGUAUAACUGUAAAUACAAGCGAACCUUUACUAAAGAGCGGGAUACAACUCACCAUUUAAAUUCUAUCACUUAAAAUAUAUUUAAGGAACACAAAGUAGUUUUGUUGUAAAAAAUAUUUAUUGUCUUAAAAGAUUACUAUAAUUAUUUUAACACAAAAUGUUACCACUAUUAUGUUAGUCGUAUGACAAACGUACAUUACAAGUUACUGCUGAUUUAAACAAUUACGGGUGUUUGUUUUAUAAAAUGUAGUUUAUUUAGAUUUUUUUUGUAUAAAAUGUACGUAAUAUGUUGUGUGAUUAACUGUAUUACAGUGUGAUGAAACAAAAUGUAACGUGAGU